CCACCAAAAAUCUCCUUUUAUAAUUUUAUCAUCACCACCCCUACUAUGUCAUCUAAUCCCCACACCUCCAAAUUUUCUUUUAACACCUUUUCUCCAUCGUAGAAACUAGAAUCCAAGAUUUUGCCAUAGCAGUGUAAAGAACAAAAGGAAAAAAGAGAAGAAAAGAAAAGAAAAGAAUAUAUAUAUAAAGAGGAAAAAUGGGAAGGAUAUUUGUGGUUGAGCUUGAUGGAAGGUCUUAUAGAUGCAAGUUUUGUAGAACUCACUUGGCUCUCCCUGAUGAUCUUGUUUCCAGGUCUUUCCAUUGUCGCCGGGGGAAAGCCUACCUCUUCAAUAAUGCCAAUGAAUCUUCAAAGUCUCGUAACUGCGCGACAUUUGAAGCUUUGAAUCGCUUAUUGUUUAGAAUUCCAUUCUCCAGGGUGAACAUAACAGUUGGAGCCUUGGAAGAGAGGGUGAUGCUAUCUGGAAUGCAUACUGUGGCUGAUAUAUUUUGCUGCUGUUGUGGACAAAUUGUUGGCUGGAAAUACGAGGCUGCACAUGAGAAGAGUCAAAAGUACAAAGAAGGAAAGUUUGUUCUUGAGAGGUUAGUCCGUUCUUUUGCAUCGGACAGGGGAAGGAUCGUGGAUGAAAUUGACUUCUCGUCGGAAGUAUACAUUGAUACCCGUCCUAGUAUGAGCGAUGGCGAAGACGCGUAGGAUGUAAACCACUGUUUCUGAGCUAGAUCUAGAAAUAUAAUAUAGUAGCAGCAGGUGUAAUGUAUGUACAUACAUAUAUGCAAGGAAAUAAUGUAAGAAAUUGGCGUGGAAGAUUUGGUGUUUGCAACUUGAUCCAUCUGACAAAGUACUUGUAUGUUAGUUCCAUGAUGUGUCUGGUACAAACAUUCUUAUGUUCUGUUGGGCAUGCAUAUAACUCAAGAUUCAGGCUUUAUCAAAGUUCCUUUUUUUA